AUGGGAUUGUUAGGCGGCUUCAUUGUACAUCCAAGAACAGUAACUACUCGAGAAGAACAGGGUGAAUUUGUAUUGGUUCUCAAUGAUUGGCAACACUUUUACACCAGUGAGCAGCACUAUGUGCUUAUGUCGAGUGGUCAGUUCUAUCCGAAUAGUAUAGAGUCUCUGAUACAGCCAAGUAAUAUUGACUAUUUCGAAGCCGUUGAUGGAUCACGAGCAGCUGAAGCAUUAGUCACUUCAAUCCUAAUCAAUGGACGUGGUCAAUAUUUUGAUCCACGCGCAAAGAAUGACAGUUUCAGCACAACACCCUUCGAAUAUCUCAAUAUGGCUUCGGCAUCCAGCAACACCACCUAUCGCUUGCGUCUGAUCAAUGGCGGCAGUGUACUGUCACUGAAAUUCUCAAUCGAUGCGCAUCCAUUAAGAGUGGUCGCAUCCGAUGGUAUGCCAUUCGCACAACCACUAAUAGUUGAUCAGUUGAUUAUUGGUCUCGGAGAACGAUAUGAUGUUUUAAUCACAGCUGCAGCGGACAAGACAAGGAACUACUGGAUUCGAGUAGAUACAAUGGACAAAAACAAUAAUCCACGAUGGCAUGCUCGAGCAAUUCUGCAGUACAUGCCUAGCAGGAUCAUGCCAACGACAGAACCACGAAACUGUACAAUAGCUCAACCAUGUUUCAUUCUGAACUGUCCUUUCACUCAAUAUGGUCCCAAAGAGGAUGAUAAUGCUAUGUCUCUCAUUUGCUUGACUCCACAGAAUAUAACGACUCAUGAAGAUUAUCUGGAUCGUGGUCUCUUGGAUGAAACAGUGAUACCUAACGUUCGAAAAACACUCCAAAUGACUAUGGUUACGGGUACUGAUGAACGAGCAGCUUUCGAAUCAUUCAAUUACAUUGGCAUGCAAUAUCCACCGAUGGAUACACCUAUUCUCUAUGUUGCUCAACAUGCUCGAGAACAAUUUACCUGUCUCAAUCGUUCAUUGGAUGCAGAUACGGGUGACAAGUGCUAUCAUACUGUCAUGGCUCGAUAUAACGAUAUCGUAGAAUUUCUUCUUGUCAAUCACGAUGAUGAUCAGCAUCCACUCCAUUUACAUGGUUCUUUUUUUCACAUUAUCGAACAAGGUCUAGCUUCAUUGAACUCAACAACUGGUGAAUUCCUAGCGAACAAUGCUAAUGUCGACUGCAACGAACAUGCAGAAUGUAAAUGUACGGAAACAGCUGAAGCGUGCAAGAAAAAUAAUAUGCGUUUGGUGAAGGAUACAGUACAAUUGCCCAAAGGAGGGUAA